CCUCGGGUGGCGCCAGAGUUUUGAACGCCGCACCUCGAAUCAGCUUCCUGGUCCUCUGAGGUGUAUCGUUUGGAGUACUAGAACACAAUGACCGUCCCCUCCGCGGAGGAAUUGGACUCCUUCAAAUACAGCGAUCUUCAGAACUUAGCCAAGAGACUGGGCCUCCGGGCUAACCUGAGGGCAGACAAGCUGUUAAAGGCUUUGAAAACCCACCUUAAACAGAAAGCAAACAAAGAAAAUAAGAAUCAGGAUGAAAGUCAAGCUUUUCAAUCCUCCUGUGAUGAGAACGAGGUACAGAUUAACGGCAAGGAACAAACCGAGAAGGAGGCAGAGGAACACAUCACCAAAACAAGGAGACGUCGCCAGACAGUCUACUGGAACCCCGCGUCCCGGGAGCAUUCUGAGAUAAGCCUAAAUCAUCUCACUGAAUCGCAGAAUCAAGAAGACCAGGAAAACAGGGAACUUGGAACUACUGGAAAAAUCCCUUUUCUAUCAGACAAGUGCCUUGGAGAGAAGCAUGCAGUUUCCUCAGGAAAAAGUGAAAUAAAUGAUAAUGAAGAUUCAAAGGAACCCUCAGAAAAAAGUUCUCACUGUACAGAUGGAUUUUCCAGACUUGGGAACAGGAAAAGAACUGCAGUCACUACUCCAAACUUUAAAAAGCUCCAUGAGGCUCAUUUUAAGGAAAUGGAGUCCAUUGAUGAAUAUAUUAAGAGACGAAAGAAAUACCACUCAUCUCAUGAAAUGAAGAAGCAGCCCAGCAAUGAUCAGGGGGUAAUGACACCUGUUCCUCCAAGAAGACUCUCUCGUGCUUGCACACCUGCCAGCCAGCAGCACUCACAAGGCCAAGACCCUGCCAGGCGGAGCGCUAUGAGCGCUAUGAAAGGGUUGGCCAAGCAGUCUGCUCUCUCAGCAACGAAAGUGAACGUCAGGUUUUCAGCUGCUACUAAAGAUAAUGAGCAUAAGCAUUCACUGACCAAGACUCCAGCCAGAAAGUCUCCACAUGUGACCACAUCUGGGAACAUGUUAAAAGGCCAAGCUGUGUUAAGGACACCCACAUUAAAGACCACCAAGAGGAAUUCUGCUGCUGCUGGUAUCACCCCAUUCAAUCUGACAGCCAAGGGAAUGCAGACUCCUGUCUCCAGUAAGAAACCAGUAUUUGAUCUCAAAGCAAGUUUGUCUCGUCCCCUCAACUAUGAGCCACACAAAGGAAAGCUGAAACCCUGGGGGCAAUCUAAAGAAAAUAAUUCUCUGAAUGAACAUGUGAGCAGAGUGAGUUACCAUAAGAAAACUUACAAGCAACCUCCUCUCCAUACCAGGGAAGAGCAACGAAAGAAACACGAGCAAGAACGAAAGGAGAAGAAAGCCAAGGUUCUGGAAGCUCGAAGGGGCCUCACUGUGGUUAAAGAUAGAUGAUUUUUAAUUCCUGUAAAUACUACUUCAUUCACUUUCCCUCUAUAUAUAUUUCUACACUGUCCUUGUUUUCCUACCAGUAACUUUUGUUCAUUAUAUAUGUAGCCUGUCAGUUCACAUGCCACAGCUCUGAAAGGCAUAAACAUCUUAACGUUCAUAAAUUCUUUGGAAUGGCUUUAAGCCUUUGUACAGCUCAUCCUAAGAUUCAUAACCUGUAAUGUCAACAUAUUUCUGCUUGCUGGUGCUAAUGUUAACAGGUUGGCAGUACUCUUCCAUCCAAGAGCAUUUACCCAAGGGCACUGCACUGUACUACAAGCUUCAAAAGAAUCUGCACAAUGAAAAGUGAAUGGGGAAAGCUGCGGUAAGACAGUCACCCCUUCAUCCUCUACAGAAGCUACUAAUCUUACCAAGCUGGCCCUAUGGUUUAGUGAUAGCAUCAGUAUUUUGCCUGUGUGAAAAAUAUUUUGUUUAGCAUACUAGCACCUUUGUAUACCUUUAUAUAAUUGCCAUUUGUUAGUUGCUAUAUUCUUAAAAAUAAAACUCCACAACUGA